GGCCGCCUCUCCCGUGGCUCUCGCCCGGGUACCAUGUGCGGUGCCUGUCGCCUGCCGCUGUCACCCUGCUCUCCCGGAGCCGAGUCCUUUCUCUCUGGUACUACCUGGCUGGGAAAGGAGCCUGAUUCACCCCAGCCGGGCCCCAGCAGAUGCCAGAGGGAGCAGCCUCAUCCCAUCACCUCAGGCCCGUGGAAGGAGGGCGACUCUGCUCCUGACUCGGCACCUCGCACCUGGGUGGCAAGAGGUUCCUGGAGAGGCAGAUCAGCUGUCCCCAAUCAUGCCCCAUUUCCUGGAUUGGUUUGUGCCAGUGUAUCUGAUGAUCUCCAUUCUCAUCCUGGUGGGCUUUGGAGCUUGCAUUUACUACUUUGAGCCAGGACUUCAGGAAGCCCAUAAGUGGCGAACGCAGAGGCCGAUCAUGGAACGAGACCUUCGGAAGACACUGAUGAUUCGGGACAACCUGGCCUUUGGGGUGCCCGAGGUCUGACACGCUGCUCAUCACAUCCAGAAGAGACUCCCCUGGGUGGGCAGCAAUCCACAGUCCUCGGCAGGGAUAACAGUCCUGAUGGCUGAUGGUCUCUUCACUCUGCUGAUCUGGGUCUCAUACUUACCACUCACCUUUCUGCCCCUUUGCUUCUUAGGCAAGGUUUGUGUGCCACUGGAGACCUGGGGCUUCCCAUGUGCUCACAGCCCUUCCCCCAGCCAAGGAUUUCUGCUCGUCCCCAUGGAUGAGACUGAUGAAUCACUUAAAUGAAAAGUCCCUUGUUAAUCACUGGAGUUUGAGCUGCCUGGCAUCUUGACAUAACCUUCAGCAGGAAAGGUCUCUGCAGGGGUAUCAGGCUUGCAAAGGGAUACAGAGCCUUCUACUGCUAUUCACUGUGUUAAAUCUAACCCAGUCUGUUGCAGUACAGGGGGUAUUUGGGGGAAAUAAGUGGGAUUUUAACCCAGAUCAUUGCUUAAGCUGAGCUCUUCACAACACCCACCCUUGGUGCUGGGAUGAUAAACUUGCUGAAGCUCUGUGCAGAGAGGCCAAGGGCUCAGCAAGCCUCAGAGGCUGAAAGUCUUUAUCCCUGCUGAAGGUGCAAUGCUGCUCUGUGUCUGUUUGGGUGAUGCAGAACUUCAUCCACCCAUCCAUCCAUUCCAGAUGCACUACAUUCCAAUUAAAGAUCUUUACUAAUGAA